AUGACUGCUCCUGCUGCAGGCACAGGCAGUGGGAAAGAUGAGGUUGAAUGGAGAGAUCGACCUGAAGGGUAUAUCAACAGGUUCUCCUCGUCGAAAACAUGGGAACAGAUCAGAUUGCAUAAGGAGAAGCAGAGUUGGAGUAAGGUCGUUUGGUUUGCGCAGGGAGUACCCCGGUUUGCGUUUAUCACUUGGCUAGCAGUUCGUGAUAGGCUAUUUACAGGAACGCGAAUGGGUCAAUGGGACGUGGUACAAAGCUGCUUGUUCUAUGGCGAGCCAAACGAGUCAAGAGACCAUCUCUUCUUCGCUUGUCCGUACACAUUCACUGUGUGGUUAGCAGUCGUAGGAGACCUCUUGCUAGCGGAGGCUGAUCCAGAUUGGGAGACAACGCUUGCUCAGUUAGUGGAACUCCGAUACGAGAAGCUGGACUAUAUCCUGUUGAGAAUGGUGUUUCAGACUGCAAUUUAUUACAUAUGGAAGGAGAGAAAUGACAUAAGACAUAUGGGGAGGCCAAAAACAGUGGACUUAGCUCUCCAAACUCAUUGA